UCUGUGUUUAUAUAAUGUGUUCAGGUCUCGCAACACAAUAGUGAGUGCAGAGUAAGCAGUAACUUCACCAGCUGCUCCCUGCUUCAUUGGUGUGAACGGAAUAUGCCAGUGCUUUGGCACAAUACACUGCUGCCUCUCCAGUCUGGGAACUGGAGGCUAACAACAGCUUUUUUCUUUCAUUUUCUUUCUCUCUUUUUGGCAUCCAUUCCACAGCAUGGGGUCAGGGAGCAAGAUAAAAUUUGCUGUAUGUGAGGUGCUGCAGUUCGCCAGUUUUUGCGUUCCUCUUUUUAUCAUAAUGCAACGUUUUGCCCGAAUAGUAGCUCGAGUGAAAAGCCAACUUCAACCAUCUGGUGGGAAUUCUACUACAGCGUAUUGGCUAAUUGUGGCUUCAUCUGUGGCCUAUGUAACAACAAUGGCAAUGUUGAUAUGGCUGCCUAUGAAGUACAUGGUGUUCACGAAGAAGAGGGUACUGGUUGGACGAAAGAAGUGGAGACCUGUUGCUUUGGCCUAUGUGCUUCUUUCAACAUUGCCCUGUUUUGCCUUUCUUAUAGCCAGCUCUGAGGUACAGAUUAGGCAUAAUCUGAGGUUGGACACAUUUGCUGAACUGCCAGUGUCAUUGGUUCUUUUCUCCCUGAUCUGCAUUGAUAUAGUGGAAAGAAUCCGACAUUGCAGACUUACUGGUCAAGGUAAAACAAGAUUUACUGCUUUUUAAAUCAAAUAAAUACUUAAAAUACUUAAAAAAAACUAUUCUUAUAGGGGCCAAGCAUCAAAUAUGUAAUCUUGUUUGGCUGUGUGUAGAAUUUUUUAAAGUUAUCAAACAGAAAUG